AGUACUUUGAUAAAAUAUAUCACAUAAUGGUUAGAAUCCAUAAACUAUGGAAUAAUGCAGUUCAAUCCCAGUUCCAAUGUUACCCUUUUUCUGUCAGUUCGUAAAGGUUUAGAGAGUUGUAUUUUAAAUGAAAUAAAACAUAAUAAAUUCUUGAAUAAUUUCUACAAAAUUCACAAAAAUAAAUUUCAAAAUUCUCAGGAUUCUAAUACACAUCUUACUACAAAUUCAGAUUAUUACGAUUACACUAUAACUGAAGACAUUACCAGUUAUAACACAGUAACUGGACUAGCUAGUUUAACAAAUUCGCUUCAACUUCCUGAAGAAUUUGAAGAUACAAAUAAUAAGUGGUUGAGAAUCGGUCAUCAGAAUAAUUCUACAGGUAAUUUAGAGGAAAAAACUCCCAAAUCAAAGACUACAGUCAGUGUUAAAAGUAAUAACUUGAGGGAUUACCUUGAUAUAAACGAACAAAAGGGAGGCCUAGAGAUUAAGUGCAACUUUGAGUGGCUUAUCAAGAGUUCCCUCUUUUUAAAAUCUGCAGAAAGCAUAUGGCUAAGAAUUGGAAACCCAUUCAGAUGCCAUACUCAAGACCAACUCACUACAUUCGUUUCAAAAUUACCUUGGAUUUCUUACUUUUCAUCCUCUGAUUCAAUUGACAAGGUUCCAUUGCGCAUAAUAUCCCGUAACUCAAAGCUCUGGUCAAGUCACAUAGUACGAGAUUGUGUAACAAGAGGAAUUAAACAAAGAUUAAACUCAGACUUAAAAUCUGAAAAUAAUAAUACCACAACACAAGAUAAAGGUGAUAACUUGAAUAAAACUUAUAGUGAGGACAGUUGUAUAUCAGUAACAAUAAACAGGAAUACUUGUUACGCAGCAAUUCAAUUUUCAGGGAGGCUCUCACCACGAUUUUAUAACUAUUUGGAGAAAUUUAAUAACAACACAGAGGACACCCGUACUGGUAGUGACAAGGUUAUUGUUUGUGAUACAAGUAAAGACUAUUAUAGUCAAAUACCGCUAUGGUCACUUUCUGGAAUUAAGAAAGCAAUAUCAAAAUCGUUUAACUCAUCUCACUAUUCAACAAACUUAUCAGAAACCAAUUUGGAGUCAUACGACUCUAAAAGAACAAAUUACAUAAAGUUUCAAAAGUUGUUAACAAACGACUUUUUGGAUACUUCAGACUCUUUAAUAGCCGCGUUUUUACACAACAAACAUUUGCUUAAAGCUAUAGAUUCAGAUUCCACUGAAACUAUUUGGGACCCGUUCUGUGGAACUGGAUUAGUGAUUUGCGAACUUGUAUCCCUCGUAUUAUCACUACCAAAUUACACACUUGAUAAUACCAAUACCAUAACCUCACUAGCAAAAACGUUUUUCACACAAAAUUCAACCCAAAUAAAGUCUUUGUUUGAUCAGUAUACUAGCAACUUGGGUCAGAAAACAAAGAAUUUCAAGAUUGUAGGAUCUGACACAAGUUUAGUUAAUUUAUCAGAAGCUAAUUCUAAAAUUUUAAAAUUCAUUUCAUACUACAACGAUAUACUAGAUUCAAGUAAAUUUGAAGCCAACGAUUCGAUUUUCUCUAAAAAUUCUACACUCUAUCAAUCGUACAGCAAAUUGCCUGUUACGAUUCACAACUGUUCCCCAGAGAAAUUAUCUCAUUACAUGACCAACGCUACCAUUGUGACAAAGUUUCCGUACAUUGAUUCAAAAGAUAAAGGAAAGUUUGAAACAAUAAAGCUCUGCAAAUUAUUUGGCCAAGUAAUCUCGUCCAAAUCUGACUGGAAAGGCGUUUUUGUAAUUUCCAGGGGUAAUUUUUUCGAGUACCACAGUGGCCUUGAGUGGAAGACGUUAGUUAAAUCAACAAACUCAAAUUCUGAAAUAAAAUUACUUGAGUGGACUGGAAGAACCAGAAACUUUAAAUCAGUUCAGGAUAAACUCGAUCAGCUCAAUGAAAUUGACUUCGUAUAG